GUUUGCUUGACGUGGUUAGUCGAGUGGUCAGACUUUGACGAUGUACGCUGUUGUGUUUGCCUUGUGCCUGGUGGGUGCCCUAGCCGAGCGGGAUGACUCGGAUCCGGAUCGAGGUUUUGUCCACGAAUGGAGAGAGGAUUUCAACUUCAGGUGCCCGUCCGACCAGAUCAUCAACCGACUGGUCAGUGUCCACAGCAGUGAGAAGAAUGACCGACGCUGGAGGAUCUUGUGCAAGAGCGUGUCUAGUGGCACCAGGAACUGUGAGAUGAGCGAGUACGCCAACGACUUCGAUGAACCCCUCCUGUACAAAUGUCCAUCUGGCAAAGUCUUGACCGGCAUUAAGAGCGACUACGAUUCCAGAAGUAAAGACAGGCGCUACAGCUUCCAAUGCUGCAAGGUCAGGAGAUCAAACCCCAGCGACUGCAAACUUUCCGACUGGCAGAACAACUUCGGCGAGAAACUGAGGUACAUGGUACCAGACGGGUGGGGUAUCAGGGGCGUCUACAGCUUCCACAAGAACAAGGAGGAGGACAGGAGGUGGCGCUUCGAGGCUUGUGAUUUGGACAGCAAAUGUAUGAGGGAUGAUUCCUAAACAGUGCGGUGCGCAUUGGUGUGCAAUUUUCUUAGUAGGAUUGAGAGAGAAAAAAACUUAAUAAUCUCGAAUAAAAACUUACAAAAUUGACUGUUAAAGCAAAAAUAAAGAUUAAAGAUUUAAUUAUUAA